UUAGUACAAUUUGAACUAGAAAUGAAAACUUAAACUGGACAAUAAUUAUGGGACGGAAGGAGUAUAAAUUUACCAAAUAUAUUUUUAUUUUAUUCCCUUCAAAAAAAAAAAAAUCAUAUUGUACUUCCAAAAGUCGCCACGUGCAAACACCACGAGAACAAUUUUUUGUUUCUUUGAAGUCCAAGGGUUUAAGCCCAAAAUUAGAAAGCCAAACUUCAAAGCCUAUUGAACAAGGGUUUAAGCUUUCAAAAGGGCUUCUCUUUUUUUUUCUCAAUUGAACAGAAAGGAAAAGAACGAGAGAAAUCCGAACAAAAUGGCAAGUGAAGCCAACAAAACUAGUGGGAACAAGAUUGGAGGAGGAGGGUUCAGAGCCAAGUUGGAUCACGCCUUGUACAGUGGGGAAAAGAAGUAUGUCAUCGGCGGCAUAGCUGUAAUUGGUGUCAUUUUUGGGGUUCCCUGGUAUCUCAUGAACAGAGGCUCAAAACAUCAAUCUCAUCAGGACUAUAUGGAAAAAGCUGACAAAGCACGAAAUGAAAGGCUUAAAAGCUCGUCGACAGCUCCCAAAGUUUAGUAGCAUCAAUAACUGUACCAUUUUGGUCUCAUAUGAUACCUAGCACUGUCCAGUUCCAUUUUAGUGUGGUAGUUGUUUCCCAUUACAUAGAUAUCAUAAGAAAGCUAGGGAAUCUCCUUUCGUGUUGAACCUUGGUUGGUUGUGAUGGCCAAGGAGUUUUCUUUUUAAAAGAAUUUAAUGACGAGGUUUAUGAUAUUACAAGCUGCCGAAAAUUGUUGGACAAAUUGUACAAUUUUUGUUUUGAGAAGAGGAAGGUAACUGUGCCAAAUCUUUUUCUGUUAAGUGUUUAGCUUCUGCUUCGUGG